GUUCUGAUUAUGACAAAUUUUAAGGCGAUUGCUGGAGAAGGUGGGGUUCCAUUUUUCUACCGGGCAGGUUUCGAGUUUGAGGAAAUGUUUGUUGGUGUGGGUGCUCGGAGGGUGAGAUCUUUGUUUCAAGCAGCAAAGAAGAAGGCUCCAUGUAUCAUCUUUAUUAAUGAGAUAGAUGUUGUUGGAUCCACUAGAAAGCAGUGGGAAGGUCAUACAAAGAAAACACUUCAUCAACUGCUUGUGGAAAUGGACGGGUUUGAACAAAAUGAGGGCAUAAUUUUGAUGGCUGCGACAAACUUGCCUGAUAUUCUUGAUCCGGCUUUAACAAGACCUGGUAGAUUUGAUAGGCAUAUUAUUAAUGAGAAUAGGUGGUACGAGUUUGAUGAUAGCCAUGUUUCAGGCAUCAUUGAAGAUUAUGUCAAUUCGAAUGCUGCAUAUGUGUUAUUCUACAGGAGGCUGAAAUCCGAUACCAAUGGGAUUGCUGUUCUGAAGAAUUUCAGGAACAAACCUAAGUCUAAAAUAAUCAACUUAAAUUGA